UUGAAUGUGAAACGUUAAGUGUGAUUUCAUAGACAUAUAUGCGUAUGAAAAAGUUUCGUUCAAUUAGAACGAAAUCAACAGUUGUAUUUCUUAUAUAUACAUAAAUAUUUUUAUUCGACCUACUUUGAAAACGAAUAAAAAAAAAAAUGAAUCGUAAUCUACAUUCUCCGACGAAACUAACGGAAUUUGCGCGUGAUUUUGACAUCGAGCCAGAUACGUUUUUUGCCAAAUUCGUUCAUAAAAUUACAAAUGUAUACAAUAGUGGAUAUAAUACAGUGAAUGUUGUACCAGCCAGACCAUCGACCCUUUUGCAAGGCCCAAAUGCGUCCGGUAGCUCGACGCCAACGCAUUCGUUGAACGAAGGUAGUUCGGACAGCGUGGAAUCGGACACGAUGCCCGAUGUUCGAACCAUCAAACCAUCAUUACCAACAACUAGCAACGAUGAUGAAUUUGAUACAGAUCAAAGUAAUCCAGAGUUUCCGUCAUUACAACUCCGAAGUGUUCGUAAUCCGUUGAGUGUAAUGCAACGGAUCAGCAGUUUAAUGGCUGUAAGAAAUAACAACAAUUUGACAAGCUACAAAGAUACGGAACUACAUCAAUUCUGGAUGCCAGACAAUAAAUCAAAAGAAUGCUAUGAAUGUACGCAAAAAUUUUCAACAUUUCGUCGGAAGCAUCAUUGUCGAUUGUGUGGUCAAAUAUUCUGUUCAAAAUGUUGUAAUCAAGUUGUGCCUGGAAAAAUUAUUAACUGUUCGGGUGAUCUAAAAGUGUGCACGUAUUGUUCAAAAAUUGUGUUGACCUAUUUAAAUUCGUCUGACAUAAAUUCCGAUUUGAAAUCCGAUCUGCAGGCUUUGCAAGAUGAUCUAGCCAAAAAGUUUCAGUUACAAAGUGAUGAGAGUAGCACAUUUGUGCAGGAAUUAUCAUCGCCACAGCGAAAAAUCUCGGUCGGCUAUCAAGAGGAACGUCUUCUCUCUCAACCAAAAUAUCUACUGUCAAAUGCUGAUCGAAAGAAUAUUUUGCAACAAUCAACAUCGUUGAAAAUUCUGUAUGAAGAUGUUGCAAAAGCAUUGCCAAAUCAAAAUCCUGGCUCCGAUAUUAUUCACUAUUUGAUCACAAAAAAUAAAUCGUCGAAUAAAUCACAAGCGAUUGCCAUAUUGACGGCAAUGAUUGAAGCGGGUUAUAUCAUUGAAAUUGAUACGGUUGGCAUGAAUCCAGUGCCGAUUGGAAAACAGCGAGCAUUUUAUUUUGAUGAAAAUGAUGAUGGCAAUAAUAGCAGCAAUCCAAGCAGCGACAGUGAUAUUCUACGAGAAUUCAAUGAAAAUGCAUUCUAUAAAUUGCUACGGCCAAGCGAAAUAAUGUCCAAUAGCGGUACGUUUAAUCUAAAUUUGGAUGUCGACAAUUCAUCGGCGCACCUAAGCAAACCAGAGACAUCGAAUUCAAUUGUUGAUGGGUUUGCUCAAAAUCAGCAUGGUUUUAGUCCGGCACAAGUGCGAGAAUCAGACAUUGAAGACACAGUGAUUUCAACAACGGGUUCAAAGGGUCUACAAGAGGCAUUUUGCAAACAUGAAGAUCUGCUGUUGACACAAUUGCUUCGAAAUGAAAAUUUGGAUGAAUCUUGGUCGAAAACACUAAUACCAAUCUGUGCUCGCAUCGUUAACACCUUGCCACCAGAAAUGAUUGGCCGCAAUCAAAUGGAUAUUCGCAACUAUGUAAAUUUCAAAAAGGUACCGGAUGGUACAAGAAAUGACAGUUGCAUUGUACGUGGUGCUGUUUUCUCAAAAAAUGUCGUUCACAAAGAUAUGGCAACAACAAUCAAUGAUGCACGCAUUUUAUUGCUUCAAUGUCCAAUCGUUUAUCAACGUGUCGAAGGAAAAUAUGUAACAAUUGAAAAUUUAUUGCUACAAGAACGUCAGUAUUUAACAAAUGUGGUUGGUCGAAUUCGUUCAUUAAAUCCAAAUAUAAUAUUUGUGCAUAAAAAUGUGUCCGGAAUUGCACAAGAAAUGUUGCGAAACUAUAAUAUAACACUUGUGAUUGAUGUUAAAUUAUCGGUGCUGAAACGAUUGUCACGAUGCUUGCACUGUGAUGUGGUGUCAUCGAUUGACUCAAACAUAGGCCGACCAAAAUUGGGAAUUUGUGAGAAAUUUUACAUUCACACAUUUACCAAUUCAAUUGGUAUGGUAAAAACGUUAAUGUUUGCCGAAACACCAUCGAAUCCACGCGGAUGUUCAGUACUGCUGCGCGGUGGUAGCUACAAUGAAUUGGUUCGAGUGAAACGUGUUGCUGCAUUUCUUUUAUUCGCUCGAUACAAUUGGCGCAUGGAAAUGUCAUUUUUACUAAAUGAAUUCGCCCGACCACCAUCACCGAAACCGAACAUUUUCGAUUCAAAGGACUAUAGUCCGUGCACUGACAUCACCCAACAUUCCACCGCUAAUUUAUCAAAUACACCAUCGAAUACGCAGGAGAAAAGUAACACCGCCAAUCAAGGCACGAAAAAACCGGAGAAAAAAACCGACGAAAAAUUGGUAACCAAAGAAAAUGUUCAAGAUUUUUCGGAUCCAUUGCGUGCGGCCGAUCUUAUGCCAAGCGCUUUUAAUUCAGAGUGUUCGGUGAAAUUUGCGGUUGAGCAACCAUGUGAUAAUCGCUUUCGUACUGCUCUUAAUUCAACCAUUUUGUCGAUUAGCCCACUUUUACAAUUUCCAUUGCCGUAUUUGGAAACCGAAUAUGGACGCAAAUGUCCGCUUCGUAGCCGAUUUCCAAAUGAACUUUACUAUUCAAAACAAUGGUCAGAUAAUAUUGAAAAAUUUAAUCACAACAAUUCACCAAGCACCAAAUCCAAUGGUGAUGAGAAAAUAGCCGUGCAUAAUUUUCUAUUACAUAAAAUAGUUGAACCAUCCGAGAACAAAGAUUUUCAAACGUUAUUAGCUAGUUUUCGGGCAUCCGGUGGAAUGCUAAAGAAAAAAUCAAAAAUGGAGACAAUCGAUCGUAAGCCCCAACGAACCGAACAAGCAAAUAGCGCAAAUGUAGUUCAACCCAAAGACGCAUUGGAUAUAAAUAAUCAUCAAUCGUUACCGUUACUAUUUACUUAUUUCUACUAUAGUCCUGACGGGACCUUUUCGUUUUGUGUUCACCCGAAUUUGUUGAACAUCUCCUUUUAUGGCGAUAACGACAUUAUGUUGGGUCAAUUUCUCGAGCGAUAUUGUUUCGAUAAUUCUUGUGUAUGUGAAGCUUGUAAGCUACCAGUUUUGGGUCAUGUUCGACGUUAUGUACAUUCCAUGGGCUGUGUUACGGUAAAAUUGAAUGAAGAAACUCAAAAGCAUAAACAAAUCACAAUGUUUUCAUGGUGCUCCAAAUGCAAAGAAGUAUCUAAAAGUGUAACGAUGCAAAAAGACACGUACUGCUUAUCAUUUGGAAAAUAUCUUGAGUUACGAUUUCAUGGGCAUGCUUAUCGAUGUCGCGAUUUAAAACGUGAUGAAACCGAUACGACAACUGUGAUGAUUGACAAUGAAUAUGUUUGUUCACAUUCAUUGCAUCGUGAUCAUGUUCAGUAUUUUUCAUACAAUGGUACGGUGGCAUCAUUCUCGUAUGCACCGGUUGAGGCGUGGGAAAUAAGUUUUCCGUCACAAAAACUUAUGCUAAAAAUUCAAAAAACAAAUGAACCAUCCACAUUGCUGGAUGAUGUUAAAUCAUUUUCGGUGCGUGGAUAUGAAAUAUUUGCAACAAUCUACGAUCGUUUGGCGCAAUUACUUUGUGACGUUGAAUUUCCGCAGUUAAGCUCAUUGAAAGAGAAAUUGAACAAAGAUCAAUUAAGUUUUCGUGAGAAAGUUGGUGUGGCUCAGGCAUUCAUUCUAGCCGAAUCACCAGUAAACGUCUAUGAGAUUCAUGAUUCAAUAUUUUCAAUGAAAAGAGAACUCGUUGACAGCAUUGAAGCAUGGACACAACAACUGGCAGACGCUUCAGUACAAUAUCGGGCACUUUGUGCGACCGCUGCCAAAUUGAAUUCAUCAUCGACAAGUAUUACGGCUGCUUCCGUUCCUCCAGCACAGAAGGAUACACCCGAACGUGAAUCGAUCGGUGAUAGUCCUCUCGUUGAUUCUGGCACAAUUUGUACUGAAGACGAUUUUCGAUCAGAUUCCGAAUCACCGAUGGAUAGCUCGAAAUCGAAUGUAUUUCUAAGCCGUGAGGUUAGCGUUGAUUCAGAAAGUUCGUCAACAAUUAAAAAUGCGACCAUUACGGACGGCAACAGCGGCGGUAGCACUAGUACAAUACCAAACCCAAAUAAUGAACGUGAACCAAAAGCAUCGACAUCAUCGGAUAAAAAGAGUGUGAAAACGAUUUUACGUGAACUUUUACCAAGUGACAAACAGGUACAACCACUACAAUCACCGAUACCAGCAAAUGAGCAUCUAUCCCUUCCAGUCGGAUGCCUUCCCGUUUUGGUGCAUGAUCAAGAUUUUAGUUCGAUUAUUGCAUACUGUUUGGCGUCCUACGAUUACAAAAAGAAACUAGAAAGCUUAAGUUUUUGUGACAUUUAUCGUCGAUCAUGCGAUGCAACGACCGAUACAGAAGAUGCUACCACCUCUACGUCGAACACUAAGGAGAACGAAAAAGAGAAAAAAUCAAAGACAACACAAACUCAUGUCGAAAUGAAUUUCCAAGAUUCAAUCACUUCAACGCAAUUCACAUGCAAAGUGUAUUUUGCACGAGAUUUUGAUUCAAUGCGAAACAAAUUACUCAACCUAUCAAUUUCAAGCGAUGCCAAUGUGAAUGCAUCUUUCUAUCGAAUGCAUUCCGAAUGCGAUGGAAAAUCGAGCAAAGAUUUUGAUCGAAAAUCAAGCAACAAUAGCUUGAGCGCCACCAACGAUUCAAUAAAGUCGGAUGAAAAAUGUGAUGAUGCACAGAAAAAGGAAUUGGAAAAAGUACGCGCAGCAUUCAUUCGAUCGGUCAGCAAAAGUGUGCGAUGGGAAGCUCGAGGCGGUAAAAGUGGAUCAAAAUUUUGCAAAACUAUGGAUGAUCGCUUCGUUUUAAAGGAAAUGACAAAAAACGAUAUAUCCAAAUUUGAAUUUUUUGCACCAAAUUACUUUGACUACAUUAACCAAUGUUUGUUGAGUAAUCGACCAACACUAUUAGCUAAGAUAUUUGGCGUAUUCAAAGUUAUCGUUAAGAAAAAAGACAAUGUACAAGAGAAAUCUCUUUUGAUCAUGGAAAAUCUCUUUUAUGACUUUGAUAUUGAUAACAAGUUCGAUCUAAAGGGUUCUCUAAGAAAUCGUCUGGUCGACCCAAAUAAUCAAAGUGGCGAAGAAACUGUGCUACUCGAUGAAAAUCUCAUACAAAUGUCUUGGUCGAAUCCAUUGUACAUUCUCGCCCAUAGUAAAUCGGUGUUAUGCGAUGCCAUUAAUCGUGACGCAACAUUUUUGGAAAAAAAUGAAGUUAUGGAUUAUUCGAUGCUGGUUGGCUUGAAUACUUCUGGAAAACUACUUGUUCUCGGAAUUAUUGAUUACAUUCGAACGUAUACGUUUGACAAAAAAAUUGAAUCAAUCGUAAAAACAAUCGGAAAACAAGGAUUGCCAACGAUUGUUUCGCCAAAAUUGUAUCGUCAACGAUUUACCGAAGCAAUGAAUCGAUAUUUUUUGGCUGUUCCAGAUCGAUGGGAAGGAUUAAGCAACACCGAAUAUUGAACAAAAAAAACAUAAAAAAUUAUUUUUUUACUAUUUAUCUGUCAAAAAAAUAUAUGAAAAUUCUAUAACCCAA